UAGCUACACAGCAAUGGCCGAUGAUAUUGAUUACUGCCUACCAGAAGUGAGCGGUAUUUCUCCCAAUGAGGGACCUCCUGGCACCAAGAUUACCAUCCGAGGAGAGAACUUGGGAGAGAAUAAAGAUGAUGUGAUAGCACUGACUCUCAACGAUAAAAGUUGUCUGGAGUCCCUCGAGUACUUUUCCUCAAAGAAGCUGGUGUGUUUGUCGCCGGACAUAGUUGGCAGGAGUCAUAUCAUUGUCACCACUAGAUCCGGUGGAGAGGGCACUUGUCUGGUUUAUUUUACUGGUCUGGUGGUCGAACCGAAGCCACAGCUAGAUACCCUGAUGGAGUCGGAUGUGUGGAUAGAUGAGGCAUACAACCCCCUCACCCCUGGACUGUCCACUGCUGUGCCCGAGCGUCCUGCCUAUAUGCAGCUGUCUGUCGAGCCUCUGGGCGUGCCCGGUGCUUUCAGGAAGGGCCCAAAGUUAAACCCCUCUCAAGCUAACCUGGAGAAACUGUUCCCAGACUGUAGUGGUAAUCUUUUGUCGCCCAAAUUCAACCCCAAGUGGUUCCUAGUAGAGAGGCAUCGCUCCACCUCAUUCAGUGACCUAAAGAGAGGGCUUGUACAACUGCGUCACGAGCUGAACAGGAGUGAGGAGGCCCCUGUCCUCUUCAUGAGGGACAACCUGCUCACCUUCUUGCAGUCCUACGACACCCUCUCUGAUGUGAAUGAGCUGUUGAUUCGCAAUGAGAGUGAGACAGUUGGAGGGUCCCUCACUGACAAAGUGGAGGAGUUGCUCAAAGAUGCAGCCACUCACGCUGAGGAGGUAUUUGAAGGGAUCAUUAAGUGCAAGAUGCGGGCAGACACGACAAGAAAUGGUCUCACUGUCCUACAGAGGUACCGUUUCCUCUUCAACCUACCUCGCAGCAUUGAGAAAAACAUCACCAAUGGUGAGUAUGAUCUGGUGACUACAGACUAUGAGAGAGCCAAGUCACUGUUUGCCAGUACCCAGGUGAAAGCGUUCAAGAAGGUGAUGGAUGAGGUGGAGAAACAGAUUCGUAGUUUCAGGCACAACCUGAGGAGGAAGUUGCAAGUUCUGCCAUCCAGCCUGGAGGAACAGAAAAGGAUCAUCAAAUAUCUCCUUGAGCUGGAUUGCGAUGGUAACCCUGCUUGGGAGUGCAUCACCAACGUUCAUCAAUGGCUACUCAAGCUCCUCUUCACCUCAAAGAGCAACCACCAGAAUCCUGACCGUCCCUUAAAGGGGCCCGGGGACUUAUCGUCCCUUCCUGCCAGUCUGGUGAUCGCACAGGACAUACCUCCUGACCUACCCCCACGCAGAGGAACUGCCUACACUGAUGGAGAGUCUGAUCACUCUCGCACUAUGUCUACUAUGUCUGAUAUCAGCUUUGCCAGCAACACCUCGUACAGUUCAGUCCCACCCCCAGUACCUCCCAGUCCACUGCGGUCCUUCCAGGUGAACCCUAGCUCUAGUGGGCGUGGAUUAGAUAUCAGUGGUCGUCCAAUGAAUAUCCUGUUUGUGGAGGAGAUAACGGACAUUGUGUGUGAGACCUUCUCCGACCUGUGGCAACUGGGGAGAGCGUAUUUCUCAGGCUCCCUGUUUCAGGGGGUCUUGCUAACGGAGAAACAACAGCAGCUGGCUACAAACUGUGGAGUCAAUCAGGCACGGUUCGAGUCGAUGAUCCUGGAGAUUGUGGAGGUGUACACAGACAUGGUGAACAGCUCACUGUUCGAUGAUGCCUAUGAGCAGCUGUCACAGAAGAGGAAAGAACGUCUCGGAGAGUGGAACAAGUUUAACGACCCUCUGGAGAACUCGGGGGAUUGGCUCCCACAGAUUGUCCGACAGAUAAGAGAGUGUGUGGGGUCACUACAGGGCCUGUCCCUACCAGAGAAGGCAGUUACCAUCACCACACAGCUGGCAUUCAAUGUGAGGACACUCUGUGCAGACACUCUCUUUGAGAGAACGGCAAGAGACAUUGAGGAGCUCCACAAGCGAGAGGACUGGCGAGUGCAGGCCGAGGCAGGGGGCAUUGUGACCAGUCUCCCUGUCCUGUUUGAGAACAUGGUGGUGGAAGUGCUCAUAGCUCUCAAGGAGAUUGUGGUGGACUCUCAUUCGGAAGUAGUGGACCACCUCAACCAGGAACUCCUCGACAACUCACGCCAACACUUUCACGCUUUACUAGAGCACUUUAUCAGCUGCUUUGACUACCUUGCCUUUCAUAAAGAUAAAUCAACAACUAGUACCAACGGACGAAAUGUAGCUGGCACUAAUGAGGAGGCGGAGGGAGACACACCCACUAGUGAUGAACAACUCCUCACGAUCCUGAGCAACCUGCACUACAUGAAGGAGGAAGUGAUCCCCCGACUCUUUCACUGCUUUGCCAGUCACGGCUACCCCCCGGCAGAUUUGGUUCGAGAGAUGGUGCUAGAGCAGCUUUGUAAUUUGGACGAGAAUAUAUUCACUGAGUACAUUAAACGUAAGAGUGAGAGUGUGACAGGAAUCAUGGAGGAGGGUAUGAAGGCUGGGUUCUUUGACUGGGAACGUUGUACAGUGCCAGACACUGUACGUAACUAUGUCAAGGAGGUGCUGUUCAACCUUGUGAUCAUCCAUGCUGAGGUACAUGCAGUUUCGUCUCGAAUUGUGGAGCGAGUUCUUCUUCGAUUGGUGGAGUUACUCUCAGCCGAGUUCCUCAAACUGAUCACCGAGCAGGAUAACUUCAGCUUUCAGGGGAUACUCUAUGCAUACAUUGAGCUAGCGUCGUUGGAGGAAGUGAUGGAGCUGUACUUGAGUGAAGAAUCAUUGUCCAAUUUUGGGAGCUGCAGAGAGUACCUUUCUGAGUGGGACGUGGAAGCCGAUGACAGUGUACACAAAGCAGUGGAUAAAUUCAAGGAGAAAACCAAGCUUCAACUUCGUUGCUUCAGAAUGGUGGCCAGCAGCACAACGCCAGAGAUGGAAGAUUCAGGAGAGUUCUGUCAACCGGAGAUCACACCCAAGAAGGAGGAGCCAAUAUUUAAGCCUCGGGAGCCUUCAAAAGCGGAAGUCAAGCCUCCCAAAGAGGAAUUCAAGACUCGCAGAGAAGAACGUGGUAUUGCGGAUGAAUUUAAGAAAGUCAAAAAAUAUAAACCAAUGCCAGAAGGCUUUGAUUAGCACUUUUUAUCCUCUCACAGAAUAACCCUUUGCUAUAAUUGAUUUGUAUGUCUAAGCUAGUAGUUUUAGCUUUUCAUGUUCUCUAUAAUUAUUACGCAUAGUAGUCAUCUUGAAAGUUUAUUCAGCACUGUGUAAUGUUAAUCAUGCUACAAUGGAAUUCUAUUAUGACCAGUCGUUGUAUUGUGAAUAUGUUGACAGUGA